AUGCUGCAGGAUAAGGGCCUGUCGGAGAGCGAGGAGGCCUUCCGGGCCCCGGGCACAGCGCUCGGGGAGGCCAGCACCACCAACGCCACCAACGUCCCCGAGCCAGCGCUGGCCGCGCCGGGUCUUAGCGGAGCAGCUCUUGGCAGCCCCCCGGGCCAGGGCGCUGACGUCGCCGCUGCCGCCGCGGAUUCUCCUCCCUCCCAUCCCCAGACCAUCGAGAACAUCAAGGUGGGGCUGCACGAGAAGGAGCUGUGGAAGAAGUUCCACGAAGCGGGCACCGAGAUGAUCAUCACCAAGGCCGGCAGGAGGAUGUUCCCCAGCUACAAGGUAAAAGUCACGGGCAUGAACCCCAAGACCAAGUACAUCCUGCUCAUCGACAUCGUCCCCGCAGAUGACCACCGCUAUAAGUUCUGUGACAACAAGUGGAUGGUCGCAGGGAAGGCUGAGCCAGCCAUGCCGGGGAGGCUUUAUGUCCACCCAGACUCUCCUGCCACGGGGGCCCACUGGAUGCGGCAGCUGGUCUCUUUUCAGAAGCUGAAGCUGACCAACAACCACCUGGACCCCUUUGGCCAUAUCAUCCUCAACUCCAUGCAUAAGUACCAGCCACGGCUGCACAUCGUUAAGGCCGAUGAGAACAAUGCUUUUGGCUCCAAAAACACAGCCUUUUGCACCCACGUGUUCCCAGAGACAUCCUUCAUCUCCGUGACUUCCUACCAGAACCACAAGAUCACACAGCUGAAAAUUGAAAACAACCCUUUUGCCAAGGGAUUCCGGGGCAGUGAUGACAGCGACCUGCGUGUGGCCCGGUUGCAGAGCAAGGAGUAUCCGGUGAUCUCCAAAAGCAUCAUGAGGCAGAGGCUCGUCUCCAGCCAGCUCUCAGCUAAGCCCGACAUCAGCCCCCUGCACAGCGCGCACCAGGCGCUGCAGCACUACCAGUUUGAGAACGGGGCGCACAUGCAGUUCGCUGCUGCAGAGCCCCAGGACCUGCCCCUCAACACCUUCCCAACACAGAGGGACUCCAGCCUCUUCUACCACUGCCUGAAGCGCAGAGACAGUGCCCGCCACCUGGACUUACCCUGCAAGCGAUCCUAUCUGGAAACCCCCUCUUCGGUGGGGGAUGAUCACUACUUCCGUUCUCCCCCUCCCUACGACCAGCAGAUGCUGAGCCCUUCCUAUUGCAGUGAGGUGACCCCCAGAGAGGCCUGUAUGUACUCGAGUUCAGGGCCCGAGAUUGCGGGGGUGUCUGCUGUGGACGACUUGCCCCCGCCCCCACUGAGCUGUAACAUGUGGACGUCGGUCUCGCCGUACACCAGCUACAGCAUGCAGACCAUGGAGACUGUGCCUUACCAGCCCUUUCCCGCACACUUCGCCACCACCACGAUGAUGCCGCGGCUGCCCACCAUCUCGGCCCAGAGCGCCCAGCCACCAGGAAAUGCCCACUUCAGUGUGUACAAUCAGCUACCCCAGUCUCAGGCCCGAGAGCGGGGGCCCUCCACUCCCUUUCCUAGAGAGCGUGGCCUCCCCACAGUGUGCGAGAGGAAGCCGCCCUCCCCACACCUGAACACUGCCAAUGAGUUCCUCUACUCUCAGAGUUUCUCCUUGACCCGAGAAUCAUCCUUACAGUACCAUUCAGGAGUGGGGACUGUGGAGAACUGGACUGAUGGAUGA